AUGAAGACGCUGGGCUACAAGUCCGCUCCGUCACCCUACCACCCGGCCCCCUCCUACAAACCGGCCUUUUACCACCCGGACCCCCAUUACAAGGAGGAGGCCAAGCCGUUCGCCUACGACUACGCUGCCCCUGCCUACAAGCCUGUCCACAAGCCUGCUUACAGCAAUCCCGCUCCGGCCCCCCACCACCCGGCACCCUCGUACAAGCCGGCCUCUUACCACUCGGAGGACCAGUACAAGGAGGCGGCCAAGCCGUUCGCCUACGACUUCGCCGUCAACGACCAUCACACUGGCACCAACUUCGCAAAGAAGGAGGAGAGCGAUGGCCACAACACCCAGGGAUAUUACUCGGUGGCUCUGCCCGACGGCCGUGUCCAGCACGUCAAGUACGUCGCUGACAACUACGGCGGCUACAACGCUGAGCUCUCCCACCCCGGCAUACAAGGCUUCGGCAUACUAGUCAACCACUGA